GGUUUACACCCAAUCACGUCAGAGCUCUGCAACACAGCCAACGCUGAUUGGCUCCUGCGGCCUGUCCAUCAGUAGAGGUGGAAGCAGCAGUGUGUGCUGCAUGGACUAAAGAGGCUCAGAGAUGAACUCACUGGAACAGGCCGAAGACCUGAAGGCCUUUGAGAGAAGAUUGACAGAGUAUGUCUCCUGUUUGCAACCUGCAACAGGGAGGUGGAGAAUGAUUCUGAUUGUAGUGUCUGUUUGUACGGCUACUGGGGCUUGGAACUGGCUAAUAGACCCGGACACACAGAAGGUGAAACACAAGGACAUACAAGCUGUACUUCAAGCCAGAUCUUUGGUCUCUUUCUUUUCAUCCCUGUGGAAUCAUCCCUUCUUCACCAUCAGCUGCAUCACUCUAAUAGCGCUCUUCUUUGCUGGGAUACACAAACGAGUCGUGGCACCAUCGAUUAUCGCUGCCCGCUGUCGGACAGUUUUAGCAGAAUACAACAUGUCCUGUGAUGAUACGGGGAAACUUAUUCUGAAGCCACGACCGAACAUCCAGUGACCACAAGCUUGAGUGGGGCGGUCAGAUGUCCCUGGUCUUUGUUGAUGGCCACUGAUCACUCAAGAAUCUCGAGUCCUUUGGGUGGUCUGAACAGCAGCACCAAGGGGAACAGCACUGAGGCCGACAUUAUAACCAUCAUAAUGGAAAUGCAUUUGGAAGAAAGAAGAAAUAAUGGGGCCUUUUAACAGUGUCACACUGCUGAUGUCACGAUGGAAGAUGAGAGUUCAGAUGUGUUUAUUUCUGUUUCUGAUGUUGAUUAUGUAUUUUAACUAAAUGUUUCUAUUUUUAAAUUUAUUUACCUAAUAAAUACUUCAGUUAUAAAA